AUGCAUACAUUCAAUAAAUCUGAGCCACCACUACGAAGUAAUGGUGGUAUAAAACAUAAACGAGAUCGUAUGGAGGAGCUUCGACAGUGUUGGGCAAAUAAGUGGACAAAAAUAUGUUGCUGUCUGCUGAUUUUAUUAAUUGCACUAGCUAUUAUAUUACCAAUUAUCUUCACACAGACACUAAGACGAGGACCGAAUCGGUUCACUUGGACUCCGCCACUUCAAUAUCGUUUAGGACAAAACAAUCCUACAGUGGUCAGAAUGACGACUUAUCCUAAUCAAGUUCGAUUUGAUGUUAGCGGUGAUAUACCGUUUAAAAAAGGAAAAUAUGUAUCAGUGUAUGACUUUAGAACGCGAAAAACCAUUUUGAUUGAUUUAUCGUUAAAGAAUAACGAAAAAAAUUUGGUGUGUUUUGUAAUGGACAUCAAUUCCACUAUUGUACCCAAUCGAGAAGUAUUGGAAAAUGCAGCCAGGAACAGUGGCGACGUAAGAAGAGAGCAACUACAAGGUUGGUAUGAAUCGUGGAAUUACGUACCCAGACCAUAUUCUGGUAAUACUGCGAACAUAUUUUCGGCAAGCAUUCCUGAAUGCGAAUUUGCUCGUUGGGUGGAACUUACUUACACAGCAUACGACCAAAGAGGUCAGAAAUGUUCCGAGUGUUACGAUUUUUGUCUACCUGAACUUGGAAUAGAAAGAGAUCCAAUUCGUGGUGAAAGUUACCUAAAUAUUGUACGUCGAGUAUGCUUUAACCUAUUCGUGCCUGAAUGGCGUUCUUAUGCUUAUAGUAAUGAGCAAAAUCAACGUGAUUUUGAAACUUAUUAUGGGAAUACUAAUGAAGCUCUGAGGACAAAUGGUAACAGCAACCUACCAGAUGCUAGAAAUUUUGAAACCAAAUGGAUUCCGCUUCAACAAGUUUCACGUAAAAUUUUUUUGACUAUAUAUAUAUAUUUAAAAUAUUUGCCAAAACUGUUGGUGAAAUUUGACUGUUCAGAAAGGUUAUCGAACCUCACGCAUCAAGCUGUGGAUGCUCUACAAACUACUGUUAUGGGUGCCGCACAAAGCGUUUUUGGGAAUCAUCCGAACGGCCGGAAUAGUGGAAACGGUGCUAACGGUAACGGAUAUGUAAAUGGAAAUGGUUUCAUGCGUCCGUACACGUCAAUCACUAACAAUGGCAAUGGCCAAGACGAAAUGGGAUUUUCAAAUCAACAGGUAGCACAAGACUUUGUUUCGCUCUGGAGAAAUGACGUUUUUGUUGUCAUUUGCUGUAAAAAAAACGUUGUUCUUUUUACAUUAGAAAGCCAUUUUUCAGUCCGCAUGGGAAAACGGAAGAUCUCAAGGUGUUUUAGACGGAUCACAACGACAGGUAACUACAAAUGGAACACCAGUGCAACAAGGUCCAGUAAAUCCUCCUUAUCAGCAGUCAAAUCAGGGGAUUGUAUCUGGACUAAACAAUCCAAAUAA